GCCGUACAGCCAGCAUCGACCAAGAACUGAACAACAAAGGUUUUACCAUCACAUUUAUCUCAGUCAGCUGUCCACAUCUACAAACAAGAUCACAACUACUGUACCGCACGCAACCACCCCACAAAUGCCCAAGAGGAAGGACCCGCCCACCGAAAUGUCAUCAGGAUCGACUGCUCCCUGUCACUCCAAAUUCUCAGAGUCCGAAUCCGCCGACGCUUCAGACGCAGCAGCCCCAGACUCUCCCGAUGCCGCUCAAAAAGCCAAAGAGCGCGCCGAACGCUGGAAAACUCUAAAAGGCCGUGCUGUAAUUACCAUCCCCCCCACGCGCUCUAUAUCCCUUCUAACCAACUCCCCUGUAGAAAAAAUCCGCCGAGGUAAAUCGCAAAGAAGUCUACGCCGAGCGCCGCCGUCAGGCCGUGGAUCCCUCAGAAACCACCCGACUAAACCGCAAGCGCGAUGAGGCGGAAUUCAAACUUGCUAAGGCCGACGCAGAAGACGAUGGAGAGGACUUUGAGCGAAAGAGAGCGUGGGACUGGACUGUUGAAGAGAGCGAACGCUGGGAUAAACGCAUGGAGAAGAAAAAGAAGCAUGUUGAGGAUGUUGCUUUCCAAGGUUUGCCACACAGCCACCUAAUAUAGAAUAACAAUGGGCGCAUGGAGGGCUAGCUAACGUGAUGAUGGUGAUGAGCAGACUACACCCAAACCGCCCGCAAAAUCUACAAAAAGCAGCUCCGUGAAUUACAACCCGAUCUCGAAUCCUACGCCGCCGAGAAGGCAAAAUUGAUCCGCGAUGGGACCAUCGUCGAGACGGAGGAUGGAGAAUUGAUCGCUGUGGACCGCGACGGGGAGUUCUACGCUGACGCCAACUCCCUCGGCUUCAUCGACAACAAGCCCAGUAAAGGCGCCAUCGAUAGGUUAGUCGGCGACCUUAAGAAAGCCGAAGACGCCCGCAUGCGCAGGCGCAAGGGCGGUGAUGAGGAGGACGUCACCUACAUCAAUGAUAAGAAUAAGCAGUUCAACCAGAAGUUGGCGAGGUAUUAUAAUAAGGUAUGUUCCGCUAAUAUCCCACUUAUUCAACCCCCCAGAAUGUAUGGACGGAUGCUGAUGUGCAGGUUUAGUAUACUGGGGAGAUUAGAGACAGCUUUGAGAGAGGUACUAUGGUUUAGAAAUGGGAUUGUUGCUUGUGGCAUUUGCUUAGCUGGCGUAAUGGUUGGAAGUAACACAUCGAGGGGCCGAUUGGUUUUUAUUCUUCGUUGAUUGUGUAUGUUCUGCAGGUCUCGGGGAAUAAUAAAUGUGGGCUCCUUCGACGCUGUAGUUUUGCUAUGGCCAGUGACGGCAGGCCACAAUGCGAGGUCUUGUAUGCUGUGACCAGUGAUAUGGUACUGUACUUAAAAAAAAAUUAAUGGCUCAACCUACGGGGUCGGU